UUGCAUGCAGCCGGGCACCUCGAACCUCAAUGCCCUCUCCGUGAAGCCCAUGAACUGUAGGCAUGUGGAAGAGGUCUGCAUCAGUAGUGUACAUGGAAGACACGGGGUGGUGGACGACACCAUCUUUUUCACCUUGGAUUCUCUGAAGCUUCCUGCCGGAUAUGUACCUCAACCCAAUGACAUCGUGGAUGUGGUCAUAGUGGAGAGCGUGCAGUCCUGCUAUAUUUGGAGAGCGGUUUCUAUGACCCCAGUGCACAUAUUGUAAAAGCAGAGCCUUUUGUUUCCUGUUGGUCUUUAUUUCUGUGGGCAGUAAAGGGCCCGGUUUAAUGGAAAAGCUGAGCUUAGCGAGCCCAAACAAUAUGUUAUGUAUGUUUUUUUGGUAAAUGUCAUUGAGAUACUGCACGGUUCACUUGGGACCAUGAACCUGCUUUAGGCAAGUGCCUUAUCUACUGUGAAACAUGCUAAAGCUGGAUAUUUCUUGUAGGAAGGAAACGCACUGCAGCCAGGCACGGUGGCCCAUACCUUUAAUUCCAGAGACUUAGAGGCUGAGGCAGGAGGAUCACAGGUCCCAGGCCAGCCUGGGCAACUUAGUGAGAUCCUGGUUCAAAAUAUAAAAUAAUAAAACAAAAAACAAACAACAACAAAAAACUGGGGAUGUAAUUCAAUGGUAAAGAUACACAUGUCAAUGGGCAGGAUUUAAACUGACAGCCUGCCUUCAGUUUGAAGUCUCCCUUAUAUUAUCUGUGCAGUUAUUAUAUUUCCAUAGCAUUUCUAUCUCCUAUUGUCAACUCAGUGUGUUAAAUUCAUUGUUGACCUAUGUUUCUUCUUCCCCAUGCCAGAAUGUAGGCUCCAUAAAUGUGGGGCAUUAAAGGUGGUUUUUUCAUGAACUCAUCAGCAGCAUGUAGGAUAGUGCCUGGUGGA